UGAGAAAUAUUAGUAGUAUUAACGCUUGUGAAUUUUGUGAAAGAGGAGAAGCACCACUGUAAAAGCUCAAGCCGUGAAAGAUAGAUACGACAGACAAGCGAAACUGGAAAGAUCGAAUUGAAUAGAGCAGGUUCAACCACGCAAAAGAAUCAGAAUACAUAGAACAUGUGCGGUCCAACUAUUACUUCGAAAUCCAAGAUCCAGGCAUCAUCAAAAGCUCCGGUCGAUGUGGUGUUAGAACCUCCGAGCAUGUUAAGCCGUUACAGCUGUGCAACGGCAAUGCUUGCUAUCUUCGGAGUCUGGGGAAAGAUCGCUUUUUACAACCACAGCGGUGACGGAACUUAUGACGAAUCGAAGGCCCCUGGGGUCGGUACCGAAAUCCAUAGCUGGAAGAUCMCGUUGAUACUGACGUCUUGCUAUCUACUUGGUUUGCCGGUGUUGCGAAUGUUGACGACAAAGUUUCUGUCUCCAACGAUGGACGUGAAAUUGCUUCUGAAAGAAACCAUGAUUGUUUACAACGGAGGGCAAGUCUUGCUGAACGGAUGGAUGGUCUACCGAUUCCUCGAUGCCGUGAUCAAUCGAGGGCAUCCUUUCAUUGGUGAUUUGUUCACGGUCGACACCGGUGCAACAUUCGCCGUUUGGAUUCAUUACAUGGAUAAGUACCUCGAAUUUUUUGAUACUAUUUUCAUGGUUUUGAGGGGACGAAUGGAUCAGGUACGUGAACAUUUUUUUAGAAGAAUUAUGCACCCAAUCGGAUUCGGAAGAUAAGUUUCUAUCCAGAAUUCGUUCAAUGCGACAUUAAUAUAUCACUGGAGUCACUCGAAAAUCGAGUCAUCGAUUUCGCCAUUGCGUCGAAGCGGCUUAUCGGGAUGAACGUGCCAUGGUUGGAUUGCACAUUUCAUUGAAAAACCUCGCCCGUAUCUUACCAAAAACUGUCGUCUGUUUUGUUGCUCGAACGAAUACGUUUGAAUGGUAUCUUAGGUGUCUUUCCUUCAUCUUUACCACCACGUUUCCAUAGCAUGGGCCUGGUGGUUCGCCAUUCGCUGCUAUCCAGGCGGAGAUGCGUACUUUGGAGCUUUGUUGAAUUCAUGGAUUCACGUCAUGAUGUACUCCUAUUACACGCUCUCCCUAUUAAAAUUCCCGUGUCCGUGGAAGCGAUUCAUAACACAGGCCCAGCUUCUUCAAUUCACCUCCGUUGUAGUGUACACGGGAUUUUCCUUCGCGAUCGUGAGAAAGGGGGGCCAAGCCGAAGCCAAGCACUAUGCUUGCUUCGCCGUGCAAACGUUCGAAAUGACGAGCUUGUUCUAUCUGUUUAGCCUUUUUUAUUCGAAAGCCUACAAGAAAAAGGCUAUGAUGAAACGGACGUCGUCGUUAAAUGAAGUCCCCGAGCAGUCUUCGAUAUCUUCGGACACUAGUGACGAGGUGGCAUCCAACUCUUCCUCCGAGGAACCCAAAAAGGAAUUAUGAUCAUUUUGCUAUCGUAUCCUCCUCUCAUCAUCCUCCCAAAUAUAAUAAACAAUAUUAUUAUGUACUUACACAUCGGAGUAUCCGGUUUCAACUUUUCGAACAGAUAUGCCGGACAAACACACAUCGAGAGACGAACGAAUGCACGCAUUGUUGUCACGAAGAAUUACAAAUUAAAAAAGAGACGAAUCAGUUUCCCCGGUGUUCUCUCCUCAGCCUCGCUCGAGACAACUGCUGCUAAUAAUUUGGAGACGCCAGUAAAUAAAAAUUUCAUCCGCUACGCAUCUUCCUAGUGUAAUAAUUCAACUUGUAAGUC